AGGAUCCGUAGGGGCAUUUUGGGAAACUUCAUGAUUAAUUUUCUAUCGCUAAACACUCGCUAUUCGCAAAAAUUCACAGUCAAGUAGAGGGCACCAGCUGCAAGUAAAAUUUGCAGGGACCCUAAAAUCCAUGGCGAAAGACUCAAUAAUGGCGAAAGUCUCAGUUUAUUUAACUCUAACUUGUCUGCUUCCUCUUCUCUGUAACUCUUUCUCUCCUGAAAACCCUAAGAGCCAGCGCAUUUUGGUUCUGAUCGAUGAUUUCGCUAUUAAAUAUUCUCAUUCCCUCUUCUUCAAGUCACUUCAAACCAGAGGAUAUGACCUAGAUUUCAGACUUGCAGACGAUUCAAAGCUCGCGUUACAGAGAUAUGGCCAAUAUUUAUACGAUGGCCUGAUCAUCUUUGCCCCAUCAGUGGAAAAGUUUGGGGGUUCAAUUGAUUUGGCAACAAUUCUGGACUUUGUGGAUUCGGGUCAUGAUCUGAUACUUGCAGCUGAUGUUGGGGCAUCUGAUCUGGUUCGUGAUAUAGCUGCUGAAUGUGGGGCUGAUUUCGAUGAGGAUCCAGCUGCUGUCGUUAUUGAUCAUUCGGGAUAUGCAGUGUCAGCAACUGACGGGGAUCAUACCCUGAUUGCCGGUGAUGAUUUCCUUCAGUCAGAUGUGAUUUUGGGCAGUAAGAAAACUGAGGCACCUGUUCUAUUUCGAGGAAUCGGUCAUUCUUUAAAUCCUGCCAAUAGUUUGGUUUUAAAAGUUCUUUCUGCCUCGCCUUGUGCAUACUCUGCAAACCCCAAGACCAAAUUGUCAAGUCCUCCAUCACUUAUAGGGUCAGCUAUAUCAUUAGUUUCAGUUGUCCAGGCGAGAAACAAUGCUCGUAUCCUGGUUUCUGGUUCUCUGGAUAUGUUCAGCAACCGAUUAUUUCGAUCAGGUGUGCAGAAGGCUGGAAGCUCUACUAAACAUGAGAAGUCUGGCAACGAGCAAUUUGUUACUGAAAUAAGCAAAUGGGUCUUUCAUGAAAGAGGUCAUCUUAAAGCUGUCAAUGUGAAGCACCAAAAAGUUGGUGAAACAAAUGAACCGGCAAUCUAUAGAAUCACUGAUGAUCUGGAAUAUUCCGUUGAGAUAUAUGAGUGGACUGGGGACGACUGGAAGCCAUAUGUGGCUGAUGAUGUGCAAGUACAGUUCUACAUGAUGAGUCCUUAUAUUUUGAAGAAUUUAUCCAAUGAUGGAAAGGGUCUGUAUUCAACCUCAUUCCGAGUCCCGGAUGUUUAUGGUGUUUUCCAGUUCAAAAUCGCGUAUCAGAGACUUGGCUACACAAGUUUGUCUCUCUCUAAGCAGAUUCCUGUAAGACCUUUCAGACACAAUGAAUAUGAGAGGUUCAUAACGGCUGCUUACCCUUACUACGGCUCAUCAUUUUCUAUGAUGGCGGGAUUCUUCAUCUUCUCCAUUGUCUAUUUGUACAACAAAUAGCUCAAUCGAGGCCAAAGUUCUACUGGUUUUGUGAGCAGGCCUCUCUGAAACUUUUUGCCUCAGGCAACUUUAGUUAAAUUAAGUAUAGAGAUUUGGAAAUGGGCACCAUGGAGGUAAAGGAGUUAAUCUGAUCUGGUCAAGACUUUCUUCUUUCCCUUUUUUUUUCUUUUUUACAUGCCAUGUAAGAGCCCCAUAAAUUUCUAGUUAUUUUGUCCAUUUUGCUGAGAGUCCUGGAUAUGCUUGGCAUGGAGCUUGAUUUUGAAGGUUUAGGGAGCUGAAAGGUGUGGUUUGAAUGCCACAGGAAAGCUUGGAAAGGAGUUCAUUGACACAGCAGAACAGUAGCAGAACUAUUCUAUAAGAGUUUCAUCACUAUAGGAUUCACAUUAAAUCUGGAAUGCGUCUUCUAAUUUUGUUA